CAUGAAUUCAUCCAAGGAGAAUCAGGAAAUCUGUAACCCUUGAAAUGUGAAAAUAACCACUGGGCUUUUCUUUUUGCAGGGCAGUAGGAUUUGGCACUCAAAACAGAGCCGUAAAGCCAUGGAUGAUUGCCCUUCUCAUUUUAUUGUCACUGACAGUGGUGGCACUGACCAUUGGCCUUCUGACUCACUUCUUAGUCUCUGGUGAGAAAAUGGAAUACUAUCGUGGCACCUUUAAAAUUUCAGAUCUUCAAGUCAAUAGCAAUUCUGGACAAAAGAGCACAUACCAACUGAAGGACUUACGGGAGAUGAGCGAAAAUUUGGUGGAUGAAAUAUUUAUUGACUCGGCCUUGAACAAGCACUAUAUCAAGAACCAAAUAGUCAGACUAACUCCAGAGGUAGAUGGUGUAAAAGCAGACAUCAUCAUGGUUUUCCAGUUCCCCUCUACCAGGCAAAGAACAUUAAGAGAGAAGAAAAUCCAUAACAUCUUAAAUCAGAAGAUAAGGAAUGCAAGAGCCUUGCCAAUAGAUGUCUCCUCAGUUCAAGUUAAUGGUUGCGGUAAACGAGCUGUCCCACUAAUAGUCAACAGAAUAAUGUCUGGAGAACUUGCAGCCAAGGCUGCCUGGCCUUGGCAAGCUUCACUUCAGCGCAGUAACAUCCAUCAGUGUGGAGCCACCUUGAUCAGUGACAGGUGGCUUGUCACUGCAGCACACUGCUUUAAAAAUAAUGCAAAUCCACGUCAAUGGACUGUUACUUUUGGAACAACAAUAAAUCCUCCCUUAAUGAAAAGAGAAGUGAAAAGAAUUAUUGUCCAUGAGCGAUAUCGCUCCCCAGCAAGAGAAUAUGACAUUGCUGUUGUGCAGUUCUAUCCUAGAGUCACCUUCUCAGAUGACAUACGCAGGAUUUGUUUGCCAGAAGCCUCUGCAUCUUUCCCACCAAAUUCAACUGUCUACAUCACAGGUUUUGGAGCACUUUAUUAUGGUGGAGAAUCCCAAAACAAUCUUCGAGAAGCCAAAGUGAAGAUCAUAAGUAAUGCUGUGUGCAAACAACCACAGGUGUAUGGCAAUGACAUAAAAUUUGGAAUGUUCUGUGCUGGAUAUCUGGAAGGAAUUUAUGAUGCCUGCAGGGGUGAUUCUGGGGGACCGUUAGUUGUAAAAGAUCUUAAAGAUACCUGGUAUCUCAUUGGAAUUGUGAGCUGGGGAGAUAACUGUGGUCAAAAGAACAAACCUGGAGUCUACACACAAGUAACUUAUUACCGACGCUGGAUUGCUUCAAAAACAGGCCUCUAAAUCACCAUAAAAGUUAAACAAAGAGCACUGUAUGCAGGUCAUACAUAUUUGAGAAUUUGGAUGUACAGUGGGCUUAUUACAAUGAAGUGAUACGCAAUGACUGAACCUGGCAACAUGAGAUACAGAAUAUGAUUUAUUUUACAAUCAUUUUAAUUCAUCAAUAAUCCAUAGCCAAUUUAUAAGGGAUUUUUAUUUGUAAAGCAAUGAGCCAUUUUAUCCUGGCUUGAAAAUUAGAGCAGAGAUAUUCAGCUCUUUAAAAUGAAUAAGUUAAAGUAUACAUGAGCUGCAAUACAAACUUUUUAAGGUCCUCUGUGGUAUAGUAUGCUUUUGUCAGGGUUGUCCCCCGAAAUGAGAAACUUUCUGCACUCUCAAGGAGUUCAGGGAACUCUUACAUAAUUUCCUAUCCCUUCUCCAGAGCUCACA